AUGGCUCGUCAAUUCUUUGUUGGAGGUAACUUUAAAAUGAACGGUACUAGAGAAUCCGUUUCCAAGAUCGUGGAUGGUUUAAACAAGGCCGAAUUACCAUCAAAUGUUGAAGUUGUCAUUGCUCCACCAGCACCAUACAUUGCUUUAGCUGUCAACGAAAACAAGCAAAAGACUAUUGAAGUUUCUGCUCAAAACUGUUUCGACAAGGCUUCUGGUGCUUACACUGGUGAAAUUUCCCCAGAACAAAUCAAAGAUUUAGGUGCCACCUGGACUUUAACUGGUCACUCUGAAAGAAGAACCAUCAUCAAGGAAUCUGAUGACUUCAUUGCUUCCAAGACCAAGUUCGCUUUAGACCAAGGUUUAUCUGUCAUCUUAUGUAUUGGUGAAACCUUAGAAGAACGUAAGGCUAACGUUACCUUAGAUGUUUGCGCUAGACAAUUGGACGCUGUUGCCAGAGUUGUCUCUGACUGGUCUAAGAUUGUUGUUGCCUACGAACCAGUCUGGGCUAUUGGUACUGGUUUAGCUGCUACUCCAGAAGAUGCUCAAGAAACUCACAAGGCUAUCAGAGAACACUUAUCUAAGUCAAUUGGUGCUGAUGCUGCUGAAAAGACCAGAAUCUUAUACGGUGGUUCUGUCAACGGUAAGAAUGCUCCUGAAUUCAAGGAUAAGGCUGAUGUCGACGGUUUCUUAGUCGGUGGUGCUUCCUUAAAGCCAGAAUUCGUUGACAUCAUCAAGUCAAGAUUGUAA